CGUUUUACUUCUAUGUCAAAUAGGUAGGUAGCAAAAUAAAUCAAAACACAAAUAAACAAAUCAAAUAAAGGCCUGUUCCUGUUGAUUUUCGGGAAGAUGUCUCCAAAAAUUAUCUUGUUAUUCAGUGGUAAAAGGAAGUCUGGAAAAGACUUUUUGACUGAUCAUUUAAGACACAUUUUAGCAGAUAAGUGUGAAAUAAUUAAAAUAUCUCAACCUAUCAAGACUCAUUGGGCUAAAGAGAAAAAUUUGAAUUUGAACGAAUUGCUCAGUGAGGGUGAAUAUAAGGAACAAUACAGACUGGAAAUGAUAAAAUGGAGUGAGGAAAUGCGAAACAAAGAUUAUGGCUGCUUUUGUAAAGCAGCUUGUGAAAAUGCUGCUAUUAAACCGGUGUGGAUUGUAAGUGACAUUAGACGUAAGACAGAUAUACGCUGGUUCAAGGAGACAUAUGGGGACAUCAUCCGAACAGUGAGAAUAACUGCAGACGAUCGAACUAGAAAGGAAAGAGGCUUUCAAUUCCAGGUUGGAGUUGAUGAUGCCACUUCAGAAUGUGAUUUGGAUGAUUACAAUGAUUGGGAUGUGGUGGUUAACAAUGGAGAAGGAAGGGAUUCUUUAGAAGAGCAGUUGGAUAGCAUAUUAAAAUUAGUGUCUAAUUUAUGAUUUAAAUGCAUAAUAAAUGGUUGUGUUUGCUAAAUUAUUUGCAAAACAAUAAAAUUAGCCGGAAUAAGUUAAUUUUAUUGUUACUUUUGUGGUGGCAUGAGAUUUAUGUUUUUUAAAUAAAAGUAUAUUGAUGAAAUAAGCGCCAUCUGUUGUCGAAUUUUAAAACAUAGUCGCUUCCGUUUUUUAUUUUACAAUUACAAAACUAGCUUUACAAUAUAGUGCAUGGUUAUAGACAUUGUUUAAAGAGUAAAUUUAUAUUUUGGCA